AUGGUGGAAGAUGAUGAGACCAAACUCGUGUUCAACUCUCUGGUGAAGAUCUCAUUGGGUAAUGGCGAAAAGGUGCUCUUCUGGAGAGAUAGAUGGAUCCACGGUUUUACGGUCGCCGAAAUCGCUCCAACUAUCAUGGACUUCGUCAGCACUAGGGCCCAUAACUCCAGGACGGUCCGGCAGGCUUUGAUCGACAACGCGUGGGCCGCCGAUGUGCAGGGUGACAUCUCCUUCACGGCGCACAUACACAUUGCAAAUCUCUGCCUUGCGAUUACUACAGCACCUCGCAAUGAGGAGCAGGCUGACCAGUUCGCUUGGCCUGCUGAUGUGACCGGGGCUUAUACAGCAAAGUCAGUGUAUUAA